GUGUUCGUAGUGCACACCCUGAAGAGUUCUGCUUCACCAAACGAAUCACGAAAUUUUAGCCUGAACGGUCUUCUUCCAUCUUUCAUGAAGUUGGGGUCUUCAUGUAAGUCGUCAUUUGUCUGUCUUCUGUUCAUCCCAAACAGCUACUGCGACUGGAAUUACGGAUCUUGUAGGUGUCGUCCAUAUCAUGUUCAGUACAAUGACACAACGUGUAUACCCCCCUCUUUGUUGGGAUUCGGGUGCGCAGUAGAUGCGCAGUGUAGAGUGAAGGUGAAAAACAGUCAAUGUGUCAAUGGUUUGUGCGAAUGUCUACCCAACUUCAUUCCGUUUAGACGAGACAAGUGUUUACCAGUGGCCAAAGUAGGAGAUUAUUGCCUUAAUCAUGAACAAUGUCGCCUGUCAGACAAGUACACUUACUGUGAUUGGAUAAUCCCUGAUAUUUAUGGAAAAUGCCAAUGCCCAUUGGGAUACUUGUUUACAGAUGAUCAACGAUGUUUGCCACAUCUUGGCAACAAAUGCAAGAGUUCAGAUGAUUGUGAAUCAGCGACAUCUGGUGCUUACUGUAAAAAACACAAACAUACAACUAUAUGCGAUUGUCGUGAAGGUUUCAAAUCCUCAAAAAAUAAACUCCGCUGUGAACCAAAGGAAAUAGAAGUUCCUGCUGUACAGCUAAAUAUUUCUUCUGCUGGAGCUGUUUCUAUAGGGAAAACGUGCAGCCGAGAAGAUGAAUGUCAAAAACGAGAUCCUUAUAGUACCUGUAUAAACGGCAGGUGCCAGUGUAUAUCAAAAAGAUCCUCAUGUAAUGCAAAUAAUACUGGUUGUCACAAAGACACAUUUCAGUGCAGAAGUGGUCAGUGUGUUUCUUGGUUCUUUGUGUGCGACGGACAGAAAAACUGUAUUGAUGGUAGUGACGAAGAUGAAUGCGUGCGUUACAACUGUCCACGAGAAGCUUUUCAAUGUAACGAUGGGUCGUGUUUUUCUCGAUCAUCAGUGUGUAAUGGCAAGUGGGAAUGUCCAGAUGGUAGUGAUGAGGCCAGAUGUUACAAAGGAAUAACUUGCGACAAGAACGCCUUCCAGUGUAGUAGUGGCCAGUGUUUCCCACAGUACGUCUUGUGUAAUGCAGUCACAGACUGUUUAGAUGGAAGCGACGAAGUGGAAGCCAUGUGCACAAACGGCGAAAAUUGCCCAAGUAAUGGAUUCCAGUGUGGCAAUGGUCAAUGCCGAUCAACAGCAAUCUUGUGCAGUGGAUUAGACGGUUGUGGAGACAACAGUGACGAGAACAGAUGUGAAGUCUGCUAUUGUGAGAAGCCAUGAAGACAAUGUACAGAUCUUGAAGUGCCUGAAGAUGAAGAUUUUUAAUUAAUUUUUGUGCUAGUUGGUGAAAUAUAAUUUCAUUGCAGCUUUUAAAAUGGGUGAAGUGGUAUAAAACGUUUUGUUUUAAAACAUUCAUUGAUCAUGAUAUUGUUAAAGGUGCUUGCGUCAAACAAAUUUCAUUAAAGUCAUUUGUGUUAUCAGUGAUUUUCUUUCUACCAGUUCAUGUUAAUGUCGUUGUUUAUCAAAAAAAUAUGUAUAUUGUACUGAGCUAAAUGUGUUUUGUCAAACUUGAAUCAGUGCUAAUAAAAAAAUGUUUCGUUGA